AUGGCGCUUCAGCAAGACCAGCAAGCGAAAGAUGACGUUCGACAGCAACACCAAGAUGUCAAACGAGAUGUUGAAGAAGAGGGAAUAGUCAUCAAAGAGACAUCGCUGCCAGAUGGACUGGGCAGCUGUAGGGAUGUAGAGGACUCCAGCAAGGGAGCCGAUUGCAGGAACGAGCCCGCAUUUAGCCCACAGCGGUCCCGCGCAGACCAAGAGGACGCGCACAAUCGCACGAAUGACAAUAAGGAUACGGAGGUGGGGGAGCAAGGCGAGCAUAAAUACACCCCUUCGACUGACUGCCAUAUGCAGCGUUCGGGGCAACAGAUCUGCAAUGGCUAUGGAGGGGGUGCGGAUGAUCUCAGCCGAUUAUUUUCAAAGAUAAAGAGAUCGGGCUUGGUAUUGACAACGACGUCUUUGCUCUCCGGCAAGGGUGAGCAGAAAGCUGUACAGAAGGUUGAGCCAGAAAGCACGCAUGCUGAAAUUAGAGGCGCCAGGGCUAGAAAGGGAUCUGAGUUCACCCGCGACCCAAAGUGGGCCAGCAACAACCUCAUCGUCGAUUCCCCUCGCCCAACCUCCAACGGUACAACUACCUCUUCUGCCUCUCUUCAAUCUUCUCGAUCCUCUUCAGCAUGCUUCCGAUCUGCAAAAGAGCUUUCCAGUACGCCAAACAACGCGGUCCAUCCAGGUACCGAAACAGAGGCACAACCUCACCAGGACAUCACCAGGCACAACCCAGACGAUCCGACCGCUAUUGAUCGCCCCGACGCGCAGCCCACCCGCGCAAACAACCGUCUUUCCAAGAGCUCUAGCCGUUGUUCGUAUAACACCUUUGGCACGGCUAAUAGCUACAAAUCCAGCAGCAGCAACAGCAGCAGCCAUCGCAACAACAGUAGAUACCAUUUGAAUCAAGAAACAGCAAGGACGUGGCGUGGACUGUUUGCAUCUGUCCGCCGACUAUCCCAUUCCACGUCCACUACCGGUUCCUCCACAUAUUCCUCCGCUUCCUCGAUCAGUUCUUCUUCUUCAUCCGAAGAAAACGCUCGUCACAGGAACCGCCGCGUCAGACGGACGCUCAAGAAACCCAUUCCUGCCCUACUUUCAUCGCAAGGCACGUGUGACAGAAGCAUUGUGGCAAAGAACAAGACGCCACGCAGAUUGUCCAUUGCUGUUGUGGGUGAUGGUGCAGUCGGUAAAUCUGCACUGACACUACGAUUCCUUCGAGACCAGUAUGAUCCGACGAUAGAAGACUCUUAUUGCAGACACAUCAAGGUGGACGGGCAAGAGUAUACGCUAGACAUCAAUGACACUGCAGGCCAGCAGGAGUAUCGCGGUCACUGGAACGACCGGUUUCUGAGAAAAGGAGAUGGGUUCAUCUGUGUUUAUUCCGUAGCAUCCAUGAGCUCCUUUGCAGAGCUGGCUGUGCUCCGUGACCAGAUCUGGCGUGCGAAGGAGAGCUCACAAGUCCCGAUGAUCGUGGUCGGAAACAAGUGGGAUCUAGUUGAUCAAGGAGAUCGCCAAGUUUCAACCGAUGUCGGCGCGCGUUUCGCUGAGGAAUCAAAGGCAUUAUUUGUUGAGACAAGUGCAAAGACAGGGCUACAUGUUGACGAAAUGUUUAUUGAAUUGGUCCGAAAUAUUGUGCGAGCAAGGCAAAGCGACAGACAAGGUGGUAGUGCCUGUGAACCUUCUGUCUCAGAAAAAAUCCAGCCCAAGCUGGCCAAGGAACAGUCGAGGACUAAGAGUCCUUCAGGAUCUCGAAGCAAAGAAUGGGAUAGCGGUGACGAAUAA